CAUCUUCGAACCCUUCUAAUCUUGUGUCAUCUCUUCAGAGCAAUAUGGGUUUUUCUUCACCAACUUCAACUCGCCAACCAAUUCAAGUUCAAAAUAGAGUUUGUUUGAAAAGUAUAAAUGACCCAACUCAAAUUGUAGCAAAGGGAAUUGUCUGGAGUAUUGAUCCAUCCACAGAAGUUGGUGGAUCACGACUAAGACCUAAUUGGUGUGAGGUACAUAUUCAAGUGGCAGUAGAGUGGGAUGAAGAAUUGAUAAGAAGAUAUGGAAUGUUCAAAACCAUUGGAGAUGCCCUUGGAGCACAUGUUGCAUGGCCAUUGUUCUUGGUUGAACGUGAUGAAAGUGAUGAUUAGAGUUCAAUAGAUCAUGGAGAUUAGUUGUUUUGUUAAUUUUUUUUUUGGUGUUAUAAUGGAUGACAAAUGAUGAUAAUUGU